AUGUUCCCGAAUAAAAAUUACGAGAGUGACAUAAAAUAUACGAUCGAACUGAAUCGCUUUAUCUGUCGCUUACUGGGAAUCUGGCCAAGCAUGAACGUUAAGACCUUGCUUACCGAAAAUCUCAGAAACACUUUGCUGAUUCUAAUUUGCUACGUCCUCCUCUGCAGUGAGUUAAUUCCGACGGUUCUCUACGCAAUCAUCAUCGAGAAACGCACUCGUAAUCGAUUGAAGCAUAUAUCGUCCAUAAUGUUUACAACAGUAGCGGUGUUCAAAUAUUGCAAUUUAGUGUUUAGCAGGAAUCGCGUGCGGAAUUGCUUGAUGCGGGUGCAGGAGGAUUGGCAGAACGUUGCGAGCACGAACGCUCGUGACUCUAUGCUUGACAGUGUCAAAAUCUCAAGGCACUUGAUCAUUCUGUGCGGUAUAUUCAUGUAUACAGCUGGCUUGUAUUUUCGUAUAGUGGUGCCGCUGAGCAGGGGAAAGUCUGUUACCGAUCAGAACAUCACGAUCAGAUAUUUGCCGUGUCCGACUUAUUACGUUUUCUUCGACGGACGAAUCAGCCCCGCUUACGAGAUUAUGUUUUUCAUGCAGUUCUUCUCCGGACUAGUCAAGUACACCAUCACGGUGUCGAUUUGCAGCCUUGCUGCGCUUUUCAUUAUGCACGUGUGCGCGCAAUUGGAGAUAUUGAUGAUGUUGAUGGACAACUUAGUAAAAGAGCAAGAGGUCAAAAACUUGAAUAAAAUGUUGGCAUUGACAGUAGAAUAUCAAAUCAAGACGCGUAGUUUCUUGCAAUUGGUGCAGAACACUUUGGAAUACACGAGUCUGUUAGAAUUAUUGGGAUGUACGUUGAUGGAAUGGGAAGACCAAAAUGUUAUAUCGAUGAGCUCGUAUCUCAUUCUACUAACAUCAAUCACAUUCAAUAUUUUUAUCUUUUGUUUCAUCGGUGAACAGCUUUCUAUAGAGGGUGAAAAAUUGUCAUUGACAGUAUGUACAUUGGACUGGUACCAUUUUCCUUAUGAUAAAGCACGAGCACUGAUUUUAAUCGUGGCCAUGUCAAAUAAACCGAUAAAAUUUCAAGCUGGGAAAUUCGUUGAUCUUACUAUUAGGACCUUCGGCGAUGUCGUUAAGACGUCCGUGGCAUAUAUGAAUCUUAUUCGGAAGGUUAUGGAUUAA